AUGAAGAAAGAAGUUUUCCGACUAUUCACCAUAGAAAAUGGAAUUAUGCUUUCAGCACCUGUGCUAGAAUAUAUUUCAAAUAAUUUUAAGGAUAUUGACAGCAUACAUGCCCUUCUUAAAUCUUUCCAAGCAAGGUUUAACACAGCUUCACUCUCUUUGGACCAAGUAAAGGAACUCAGCAUGCAACCAAAUAAUAAAAGUGGUAAGGAAAGAGCAUUUAAUAAUUUAGAACUAAAAACGUUUAAGUAUUGUUCUGUGGAUUUUUAUAAAUGCUUUCAAGACCUAUCCUUACGCUUACGUGUAAAUGCCAUUUCAUUAUCUCUACUGCAGGAAGGUGUUGAAAAGGUGAUCUUUGGAAUAUUUUCUAGAAGUAGAAAUGGUAAGUAUUUGAUUGAAGAUGACUAUGAUGUGAUAGAAGUUGAUUUGAGUGAUGUGCAAAGUGAUGGUUUUCUAUUUGAAAAUAUGUUUGUGGGGCUAAAAGGGAUAAAAUCUGGGGAUUUUAAGGUUAAGGAGCUAAUUUUACCAAAAUAUCCUGUGCACAUUCCUUCUAACAAUCUUGAAUUAAUCAAAAAUGCAAAAAUAUGUGUGUUUGGGUGUUUUGAUGGUGAAUUUGAGUUUGUAAAGACGGUAUUGUCUAUUGAAACUCCAGAUUUCUGCAUCGUCUCAGUGAAAAAUUCCAUAAAUGGCUCUGCUUUUGAGGAGUUAUGCUCUAAUGUGAUUAUUUGUCCUUCUAGAUUUGAUGCUGAGUAUAUUCCGUUUAAUCUAAACAACAUUUCAAAUCCAUUUUUGAUCAACAUUUUUAACAAUCUGAUAGGCUUUAUUGAUUAUAAUCUUUUUGAGCAUAGAAAAAAUGGUAUGGUUUUUAACAAUAAUCACAUAGAAUCCUUUUUGAAGUCGAUACUUUCACAAGGCUCCAUCUGCCCGUUUGCUGGGUCUGACUUUUCUGUACCAUAUUUUCCUAGCAUAAUGAUUAUUUCCCAAGAUUUUCAUCCACUUGUUUUGGAUGUCGAAGGUAUCAAAUUUAUAAGUCUUCCUCCAGUCAAGGAGAAGUGCUAUGCAGUUCUAGAUUUUAAUAACGAUUUAUUUGAAGUCAAAUGUUUUUAA